UUGGAAUUAUUACAUUCUUCUUUUCUAAAUCUAACUAACACUUUGGGAUUUCAGUGGAAUUCAUCCUCUAUACUCAUCUGAAAGCGUUCUACUCAUAUUUAUGUUAGAAUCUUAUUGUCUCUGUUUCAUGAGUGGAAUCCUCUGUAUAUAUGAAAUUCAAGAAUAUUUUGAAUUGUUCCCAUUAUAUGCCAACGAAUUAUGCAUAAAACAAGAUGAGGAUCACUUCAUCGGAUAACAUGUACCAAAACGAACUGUUUGAUAGCUCCAAAAUCGAUGUAUCGAAAGUCAAAAUAGAGAAAGGAUCAUCUGCGCAUGUUAUAGAAGAUGAUUAUUACUUCAAAGCAACGACCGACAAGAACUUAAACAUGGUAACGAAUUCGAUAGAAAAUGUUGAUAGUCGCGAGGAUAACGUAAAAUCUAACGAGAUCGCGAUAAAGAAGGACCCCGACGAUGGCGAUAGCGAUAAGGGCAAGAAUACUUUGGGUAAGAAUUAUUUGCCGUUCGUAGAAGAAAACGUGAUAUACCAGAAUCAAAUCGAUAUUGUUGCGAAUCUAGGCUCGAUUUCGACCAAAGCCCGAUCCUCCUCCCACAACACAUUACGGCCAAUUUCACCGCCUGUAUAUGACUACCGAAGCAACAUGGUUAUCGACUCCGUGGACAAAGCUGCGAAAAAUGGGGCUCACCAUGGAGAUAAAAACGUCGAAAACAACAUUCUUUACAACAACGAAACUUUCGCUAAAUUCAUUCCAACCAAUUAUAACAGCGGUAAUUACCCCGGAAAUUUUGUGAUGUACCCUCACCCUUAUCAGGAUUACUUCAGGGGACCUGCCCAUAUUCCCUCUUACCCAUACGGGUUCGUUAACAAUCAUCAUCCGGGUGGGAAGAUCGAUGGUAGGUAUUACAAUUAUCCCAUGCAAAUGCAAUACAAUCCUUAUGCCACAGCCCAUAGGCUGCCCAUUCAGGAUUCCAUAUUUCUUGAUACACCGCCCCCCUUCAGCGGAAAUAUAUAUCAUACCGCUGAUCCUUCUCAAUUAUACAUGAAACCUUGCCCUCUUUCCCCGCGACCCAACGUUAUUCAAAAUCAUCAAUACCAUCUAUCCAACAAAUCCCUAAUCGACGAGGAAUGCUCAUUUAACAAAUACCAGCUGCCAGAAUAUGAAGGGGCGAGUUUUAAAAGGCUCAAUCACAAUAUUAACUCGAAAAAUGUGUAUUCCGAAAACAGGGGAGAUAAGUAUUACAUCAAUCACCACGACAAUAACAAUAUAGAAGACAUCGUCUUAAAUAAUCCUAACAAAUCGCUUGAGGCGUUAAAGGAUCUUUAUAAUACUCCAGUAGGCGCCAAAAAUUUGUACAGAAUAGAAAAAGUUGGCGGUACCUCAACGAAUCACCAUACCAUAGAUUGGAAAGUUCCGGUAAUCACCAAAAGGAAAUAUGACGAUUUUUCGUUCGAUAGAUCGCCAUGCGAAGAAAACUCGAACGCGCUCCUCAAUAAUUUCCCUAAUCUGUCGAAUACCAAGGAAUCCACUCACUCUUAUGAUUCCAACCAACAUACCGCCAAGCUCAAGAAAAAUAAAAAAUCCGAUUACAGAAAGGUAUCGAAGAAAAAAUGCAAAGAGAACCAUUUUGAUAAUAAUAGUGGAACCAAUUUCGAAACUCAUUACACUGGAAUUUAUAAAGAUCCGUCAGAGCUAAAUACAUCUCACUCCACAGUCGAAUACAACAUAAAGGAAUGCGUCAUGUGUGGAUGGAACGACCCCUCUUUUACGAGCAACAUUGAAAAUAUCGAUUCAUCUGUGUGGAAAACAGAUCUUAUUACCGGACAACUCCUGUGCCAAAAGUGUUAUGCUACUUACAAAACUUGCGAUAAGAGUCAAACCAGAGUUUCUGAAAAGGAUGGUAAAACAUUGUGCUCAGACAUUCAUAAGAGUGCUAAUAACGACAUAAUGCCUGAUUCUAUGAGAUUCGAGGAAACCGACUUUUCUUACUCCUUGGAAAUGGAUAGGAAUACAGAUGCCAAAUCAAUGGUGGACUCCAACCUUACUAAAAAAACAUCUAAUCUAUCGAAAAAAAGUGGGAUAUAUUGCGCCAAUUGUAUGACUACCUCGACCACGCUUUGGAGAAGAAACUGCAUAGGGGAGCCCGUGUGCAACGCUUGCGGACUUUAUUACAAAUUACAUAAUGUAAAUCGACCUAUGGCCAUGAAAAAAGAUUGCAUUCAAACUAGGAAACGAAAGCCGAGAGACGAAUCAAAAGUUCCAAAAAGUAACGGGAACGCGUGCAUUACUGAUAACAGUAACGAUCGAAUGAUUCCCAACUUUAAAUUUCAGCAUUCCGAUAUGCUUUACAUGAGUCCAAAACUAAAUGAAUCAUCAUACAAAUCCUCCAUCAACCCGACAUUGCUAGAAUCCCAAAUCCACUUUAUGCAUAAGCCUGAGCCACAAUCGUCGCACUACUUUUUCCCCAUCAUCCAAUAAUAUAAAUACAAUUCGAUUUAUUUUUUUUUUUUUGUUUAAAAGUAGAAAAUUUUUUUUUUAAAUGUAAUAAUAAUUUAUAAAUAUUGCUCAAAUUUUGGUAUAAAAUAUAUAUAUUUUAUAAAUUUAUUGAUUUAUGCUCACGUUUCGGGAUUUAUAUAAUAUUUAUUUAUAUUGCAUUCGUAAUAAAGGGUAUACCAUUAUUAAAUUUCACAACACUUUCG